CCGUGCUAUCUGAUUCGUGAACACAAGUUCUUAAAGUUUUUUGGCAAAUUGAGGAAAAAUCAGACUAAAUCUGCAUUUAUUACCAACUAAAACACAAAUGGCUAAAAUUAUAACGCAUUUACGACACACAAGGCCAUUCUGCUCAAAACCAACCUACGAUGCAGCACCUCGAAUUUACUCCUGUAAAACUAAGAGCAAAAUCCCUCUACAACUGCCAACCGCUCCUGCCCAGGCCACGUUCUACACUUGCGGUCCAACCGUGUACGACUCGGCGCACAUUGGCCACGCUAGCUGCUACGUGCGAGUCGAUAUACUGCAACGUAUCCUGAGGCAUCACUUUCGUGCGAAUCUCGUGACAGCAAUGAACAUCACCGACAUCGAUGAUAAAAUCAUCCGACGGGCCACUGAACGUGGCCGCCCUUGGCAGGAAAUCUCUCGCCAUUACGAGCAGGAGUUUUGGACAGACCUCGCUCGGUUGAAUGUCCGUGCGCCAGACAUCGUUCUGCGUGUCACCGAUCAUAUUCCAGCUAUAGUCGCAUUUAUCGAUAAACUACUGUCCAGCGGUUAUGCGUACCGAUCCACCGACAACUCAGUGUACUUCGAAACAUCGAAAUACCCACAGUAUGGGAAAUUACAAAACAUCCCCUCGGAAGACGGCCCGGUCGAGAGUAAGAAAAAUGCCGCCGAUUUUGCCCUGUGGAAAGCGUCAAAGCCAGGGGAACCAUUUUGGGAAUCCCCGUUCGGCCCGGGUCGCCCUGGAUGGCACAUCGAGUGUUCAACCCUGGCAACGCAAAUUUUUGGAAGCAAACUUGAUUUUCAUGCGGGCGGUUUGGAUCUACGGUUUCCCCAUCACGAGAACGAGGAAGCACAAAGUUGCUGCUACCACCAGGUCCAGGAUUGGGUUAGCUAUUGGAUUCACACCGGUCAACUGCAUCUGGAAGGCCAAACUCACAAGAUGUCUAAAUCACUGAAAAAUACUAUCAACAUUGGGCAGCUACUAGCUGAGCAUUCCGCAGACGAGUUCCGAAUGCUCUGCCUUCUUUCGCACUACCGCAGCGUGAUUGAGUAUGGCGCGGAAACAAUGACGAUUGCGACGAAUGUACUAAAAAAGUUACGAUCGUUUUUCGAAGAUUCCAGGGCAUAUGUAGUGGGAAUAAAGCCAGCAACCUCCAUCGAUGCCGUAUUGCUGCAGACAAAACUCGCCGAAGUGAACGAAAAAGUAGAUGAAUUUCUGGGGAAUGAUUUCAACACUGCCAGCGUGGUAACAAGCCUGGGAGAUUUGGCGUCCAUUGUUAAUAGGUCGAUCAACCAAAAGAUCGAGUCCGAGCUUGUGACUGCAUCCGAAAGCGGAGCCGUGCAAGGUGUAAGGAACUAUAUCGGCGAUAAACUUGCUAUGUUUGGAUUGCAGUCGUUUGCCGAUGACUCAGCAGUGACGACUGCGGAUGAAGCCGGCAAAACUGCGGAGCAGUUGAUCGAAGCCCUGGUAAAGAUUCGAGGAAGCGUGCGAAACAAAGCAAUGGAAAGUAAAGAUCGUACUUUGUUUGAGAUUUGCGACCAGAUGAGAGAUCAACUGAAGGAGCUGAACGUCGAGGUUAAAGAUCAUGGAAAACUAACCUCGUGGAGUUAUGUUAAACGGUGA